AUGCGGCGGGAGUACGGGGCUCUGGACGGCGACGCGGAUCCGCCCGGGCCAUCCUCCUCCUCCGGCGGAGGAGGCUGGCCGUCGUGGUGGCGCCUGCGACGGCAGCGCGGCGGGGCGCUCGGGGGAUUCGCCUCCUUCUUCGGCGGCACCAGGGAGUCCGUCUCCGUCGCCAACUGCCUGAUGGAGAUGCAGGCGGCCGUCGUCGUCAGCGCGUGCGUCGCGACCCUCUCCGCCGGGCUGUUCCACCGCGACCCCGCGGUGAAGGUCGAUCCGUCCCUGCCGUGGUCCGCGCAGGGUUCCCACGCGGGCGCCAACUCCCCGACGUUCGUCUCCUUAGUGCACGUCAUGGCGCACGGAGGGUACGUGCUCGCCGCGCCCGUCGUCGGCGUCGGCGUGGAACUCCUCGGCUUCCCCGUCGUCACCGCGCUCGCCGCCGCGCUCUGCCCGCUCGUGGCGUCGGGGUACGCCGCCGUGGACUUCACCGCCGUCUCCCGCGGCCUCGUGCGCGCGAGACUUCUCGCCGGCGCGUGGAAAGCCACGCAUGAGCUGUCCACCGCGAGCGGCAACGCGGUCGCGUUUACCCCCGCGGCGUCCGCGCAGGCGUUCGGGCGUCAAGCCGCGGUGUGGUCCGUCGUCAGCGUCGCGGCGCCGUUCGCGAUUUCGCUGCUCGUGCCCACGCUUGGGGUACCCGGGGUGUUCAUCGCGUUGUCCGCGACGGGAUUCGUCGUGUUUUGCGCUGCGACGAUUUUGGUGUUGACGCCGUGGAUGGCGGCGGGGGGCGACCUCCCGCCGAGGGCGCCGUGUUUGAACGUCCUCUCGGAGGAAGAAGACGGCGAUGGUGAUGAAAGGUCGGCACCCGGGGAUGAAAGGUCGGCACCCGGGGACGGCGGGGAGGGCGGGGAGGGGGGCAUCGUCUCCAACGAGGCGAAGAAGAAGGCUGCGGGGCUCUCCCUCGCGGCGGCUUCGUCCCGGGACCUUUCGCCUCGCUCGACGCCGACGGAAUCGUCGUGGGCGUCGACGUGCGUCUCGAUGCUGAGGGACCCCGAGACGCGGUGCGUCAUCGCCGUGAGCGCCGCCAUGGGCGCCGCGGAGUACUCCGUCGCCGGCGCGGUCAUGAUGCUCCUGUCCGGGGUGAUGUCUUUCGACGCGUCGGGAUGCGCGAUGUUCCUGGCGCUCCGGGAGCUCCCGGACGUCGCCGUGCAGCUCUCCGCGACGGCGUACCUUCGCGUCGUGUCCGUGCCGGGGACGUUCGCCGCGGGGCUCGCGCUCGCGGCGGGCGCGACGGCGGCGCUCGCGGCGCUCGGGGAGGUUGCGGGCGAGGGAGCUCCCGGCGGCGUCGACAGGCGGCUGGUGUUCGCCGCGGGAUGCGCGCACGGGCUGGGCGUCGGCGCCGUCAAAGUCGCGGCGCUUCCCGCGAUGAGCCAGCUCGUGGAGGACCGGCACGGCGGGAUGUUCGGGGUGGGCUUGGGGGCGCAGGGGUUCGCGCAGAAGCUCGCGGGCGGGGCGGUCGGGAUGGUGGGCCUCGCCGUUUUGAUCGAAGUCGCGGGAUUCACGAAGGCGCUCGCGACGUUUGCGGCGGCGCUGGCGGUUAGCGCGUGUGGGGCGUGGUGGUUCGCGCGAGGGAUUGCGCUCAGGUUCGAGGGUUUGGAGGAGGCGUGA